AAACAAACUUUUUUUUGUCUUGUUUUAUCUUGUCUUGUCUACAUUAGCCUUUACAAAGUCGUUUUCCAUAAAAAAAGAUCUUACAUUGCCUAUUUCUAUCGUUUCUUGCAGAGUAGUCAUCAUCAUCAUCAUCAGAAUCAAAUGACCAUGUCCGAUCCAGCCCUCAAUUCCACCUUGCUCGGUGCCAACUGCACCAAUCUGUACAACCACCGAGCGGUGGCACAGGUGCUCAUGCCCAUGGUCUACUCGGUCGUAUGCCUGCUGGGCCUCCUGGGCAACGCUCUGGCACUGCAGGUGAUUCGCUCCAACUGGAACAAGCUCAACUCCACCACGCUCUACUCGGCCAACCUGGCGGUGUCCGACCUGCUCUUCUGCCUGGCUCUACCUCUCAGAAUCAUCUACUAUGGCAUGGGCUUCAACUGGCUCCUGGGCGAGGCACUGUGCAAGCUAACGGCGCUGCUCUUCUACCUGAACUGCUACGCCGGGGUCAACUUCAUGACCUGCCUGGCGGUGGACCGCUUCUUGGCCGUGGUGCUCCAAAUGAGGCUGAGCAAGCUGAGGAAGGUGCAGAACGUGAGGUACAUUUGCUUGGUCGUGUGGUUGGUGGUGUUGGCGCAGACCCUACCACUACUUGGAAUGCCCAUGACCCAUAAGGAAAUCGACGGCAGAAUCACGUGCAUGGAGUAUCCAAACUUCGAGAGCGUCCAAGGCCUGCCGUACAUGCUGAUCGGUGCAGUGAUUCUGGGCUACGGAUUUCCUUUGGCGACUAUCCUCAUAUGCUACUCUGUGCUAUCUUACAAGUUGCAGCAAGCCGCAAAAGGGAACCACUUGACGGAGCGCUCUGGAAGUACUCACAAGGCCAGAGGAGUGAUCGCUGGUGUGGUCCUUGUGUUCGUGGUGUGCUUCAGCCCGUACCACCUGGACUUGUUGCAGUACAUGAUCCGGAAGCUCAUCUACGAUCCGGACUGCGGCGAGCUUCAAGCCUUCCAGAUUUCCCUGCACAUCACCGUGUGCCUGAUGAACUUCAACACCUGCCUGGAUCCGUUCGUCUACUUCUUCGCCUGCAAAGGAUACAAGAGGAAGGUGCUGAAGAUCCUGAAGCGGCAGGUCAGCACUUCUUUCACCAGCGUCGGACGGACUUCGCCUGAAAGUUCUGGCACCCACGAUAACUAUCUGCAUCAUCAACGAACCAAGAGCCGUCACCACAAGGACGUGGCACUGAGCCCUGUUGAGAACGGCUCCUGAACUUCUUGCUUGAAGACGUACUUCUUUACAGGUGAAGAUGAUGAGGUAGCCAAGUGUGGAGGACGGUUGGAUACGGUACAUAGUGGAUCAUAACAACGUUACUUGUGGCUCGAAAGAAUAUCUUCUAUAUAUUGUAACAUUUUUCCUCAAGGAGACAAUAUAUCGCCUGUUCUCAUCAGCCUCCAGUGGUUAGCUGUAUUGUUUAUAAUGACCAUAAGGGUCAACUGGUCAUCUGAAGGUGCUUCCUCUAUUACCCAUGUUGAACUUGAACACCUACCCAACAUCCCUGCUGAAAAAUCCAGAUCAAUCUUUUGCUGGUUGCUGGUCUAAUCAUGGUCUAAGCUGGUCUUCGACAGUCAAGCUAUUUGAAAAGCUGGUCAUCCAAGCUAAAACCUACCCUAUUGGUUGCAUAUAUAGUUGCAUGGUCAUACUGGUUGUCUAGCUUGGUCAAGUUAAUCAUGCUAGUAGAGCAGCUUAACCAUUAACCCUAUAUACUGGCCAAGACCCUCAGUAGCUUGACCAGAUCAUGCUGGAUUUCUCAGCAGGGCUGAUUUGCCAAUGUCUUCCAAUAUACUCCUCUGCAAGCUGCUAAAGUUUUGUGCUACAGGACUGUUUGUGCCUCCUAACACUGAUGCCAUUACCUAGAAAGGACUUUUUCCUUAAAACAAAGGUUCUCCAAAGGUUCUUUAUAAAAGGCAAUCAUGCAAAAGCAUAAAUAAUUAUUUGUCUGUAUACAAGAUUCAUAUUUCUGAACCCCAUAAACCCCAUUUCCCUCAAUUAUCUUCAGUUUCAUAUGCGUUGAAAUCAAACCCCGUGGGACUCCAUAGUUUUGGUGUAAGGAUUGCAAUCGAAUAACACAUCUAGGGUUUAAGAGGAUUCUAUAUAGCACGCCUCACGCCUUUAUAUAGAACACCCUUAUCAUACUGUAAUUUUAAAACCUACUUCUCUAUUUAGUCUCUGCUUAAAGAUCAUCGGCCAAUUGUAUGUUUAUUUAGUGCAAUUAGUCCUGUUUAACUGGAUUAAGUAGAGUAGAUAAACUUGCCCUAAACUUGUAUAUCCAAAAUAGCAAAUUUACAGGAGAAGGAAAAAAAAAAUUUUAAUGUAAAAAAAAAAAAAAAAAAAAAAAAAAAAAGGUAUUAUUCCAAGUCGUACUGUAAUGAUGUGCAGUAGGUAUUGUAAGUGCUUAUUUAAUGUUUAUAAAGUGACAGUGUCAUUCAAAAUCCUUGUUUCUACAAUAAAUAGCAACCUUACAGGAGAGGGCAAAAUAAAUCAAUGUAAAAAGAUUGAAUUCCAAGUCAUUUAGAAUCAUUUUAAUUGGUCUACUUAUCAUUACUUAAAAUAUUAACUGUCAGAAACUGUCUGAAAAAUGUAGAUACAAAGCUUUUUUUGACACUAUUAAAGAUGGUACAUACUGGUACAUACAGUACCAAACAAAUGUAUGGACACACCUCCUCUCAUUCAAUGUGUUGUUUUUUCUUUUAUGAUUUUUUUUACUGUAAAGCUAUACAGGAAAAUAUGGAUUUUAUAACUAAAACAGAAUCUGUUUUCUACUUUAGAUUCUUCUAAAUAAGCGUCACAUUUAUCUUUGAGGACAGAUCUGCACACUCUUGGUGAGAUUUUAAUCUCAGUGUCUUCAUGAGGGAGAGUCACCUGGAAUAGUUUUCUCAGCAUCUUGAAGCAAGGAGUUCCUGGAGGUGCUGAACAAUAGCUGCUGCUGCUUUUCCUUCACGCUGUGAAGCUCCAGCUCAUCCCAAUUAAAUCACCUCAAAUCACCAUCUCAGUUCAUCAGGUUUAGAUCAGGGGAUUAAUGUGAAGAACAAACACUUCUUUUUUUACAGUUUACUACGUACUUAAAUUUAAUAUGUGUCCCUUAAUUGUUUUCUUGCCUUUUAAUAUUAAUAUAAAAUAUAGAAAAUAGAAAUAAAUAAUAAAAACACUGAAUGAGAAGGCGUGUCCAAACUUCAGACUGGUACUGUGCAUUAAUAUUUUUUUUUAAGAAUAUGCUGUUACUGAACCAUUUUGUCUGCAUAUGAAAUAUUUGCAAUAAAUGCUGUAUAUUGUGAUACAUAAUACAGCUCUGAAAAAAAAAGAGACCACUUCAGUUUUUGAAUCAGUUUCUCUGAUUUUGCUAUUUAUAGGUUUAUGUUUGAGUAAAAUGAACAUCGUUGUUUAAUUCUAUAAACUACAGACAACAUUUCUCCCAAAUUCCCAAAAAAAGUACUUUUAUUUAGA